AGGAGGAAGCGCCAGAGCCGCGGCUGGUGCUGCGCGGAGCCGGGCGCGCCGCUCCCGUCCUGCGCCAGGGCCGCCGCCGAGCCCGCUCCGGCCCCGGGCCCCGCGCGCAGCGAGCCGGGCACGGAGGACCGCGGCCGGCGGCAUGGCAGCCUCAGGGAUGCCGGGAGGAUGUGACAUCCUCAUCGUUUACAGCCGAGAUGCUGAGGAGUGGUGCCAGUACCUCCAGGACCUUUUCCUUUCCAGUCGGCAGGUCCGCAGCCAGAAGACGCUGACUUACAGGCUGAGCCCCAAGACGUCCUUCUCCGCCGAGGACCUGAGCUUCUUUCUCCAUGUGCGCUGCAUUGUGGUGCUGCUCUCUGCGGAGCUGGUGCAGUGCUUCUGCCAGCCGAGCUUGCUGCCCCUGCUGCAGAGAGCCUUUCACCCUCCACACCGCGUGGUGCGGCUGCUCUGCGGGGUACAGGACAGCGAGGAGUUCCUGGACUUCUUUCCAGACUGGGCACACUGGCAGGAGCUCACCUGUGACGAUGAGCCUGAGACUUACGUAGCAGCUGUGAAGAAGGCCAUUUCUGAAGAUUCUGGCUGCGACUCAGUCACUGACACCGAGACUGAGGACGAGAAGGUCCUUCCCUACUCAAAGCAGCAGAGCCUGCCGCCGCCGGAGACUCCGCCUGGGAACCUGAUGGUGGUGCAGCCGGAGCGCAUCCGCUGUGGGGCCGAAACCACUGUCUACGUCAUCGUGAGAUGUAAGUUGGAUGAGAAGGUGACAACAGAAGCCGAAUUUUCUCGUGAGGAUUCUCCCUCGAUAAGGGUGGAAGCCAAGCUGGAGAAUGAGUACACUGUUUCCGUGAAAGCUCCCAACCUUUCAUCUGGGAAUGUUUCUCUGAAGAUAUAUUCCGGGGACUUAGUGGUGUGUGACACCAUUAUCAGCUAUUAUACUGACAUGGAGGAAAUUGGGAAUUUAUUGUCCAAUGCUGCAAAUCCUGUGGAGUUCAUGUGUCAGGCCUUUAAAAUUGUGCCCUACAACACGGAGACCCUUGAUAAACUGCUAACGGAGUCCCUGAAGAACAAUAUUCCUGCAAGUGGGCUGCACCUCUUUGGAAUCAACCAGCUGGAAGAAGAAGACAUGAUGACGAAUCAAAGGGAUGAAGAGCUGCCCACUCUGUUGCACUUUGCUGCCAAGUACGGCCUGAAGAACCUCACUGCCUUGUUGCUCACCUGCCCGGGAGCCAUACAGGCCUACAGCGUUGCCAACAAGCACGGCCACUAUCCGAACACCAUCGCCGAGAAGCAUGGUUUCCGGGACCUGCGGCAGUUCAUCGACGAGUAUGUGGAAACUGUGGACAUGCUGAAGAGUCACAUAAAGGAGGAGCUGAUGCAAGGGGAGGAGGCUGACUCUGUGUAUGAGUCCAUGGCCCACCUGUCCACGGACCUGCUCAUGAAGUGCUCCCUCAACCCCGGCUGUGACGAGGAGCUGUACGAGUCCAUGGCGGCCUUCGUCCCAGCUGCCACCGAGGACCUCUAUGUUGAGAUGCUUCAAGCCAGUACAUCUAAUCCAAUCCCCAGGGAUGGUUUCUCUCGGACUACGAAGGACUCUAUGAUUCGCAAGUUUUUAGAAGGCAACAGCAUGGGGAUGUCCAGUUUGGAGAGAGACCAUCUUAAUCAGGAAGAAGAUGUAUAUCACACAGUGGAUGAUGAUGAGGCCUUGUCAGUGGACUUGACCAACAGGCCCCCUGUCCCAGUGCCCAGACCAGAGGCCAGCGCAUCUGCCACUCACCAGCUAUCUGACAAUGAAUCAUACAUUUCUAAAGUUUUUGCAGAAAAAAGUCAAGAGAGGCCUGGGAAUUUCUAUGUUACCUCAGAGAGCAUCAGGAAAGAGCCACUUGUCAGACCGUGGAGGGACAGGCCUCAGUCGAGCAUAUAUGAUCCCUUUGCUGGGAUGAAAACACCAGGCCAGCGGCAACUCAUUACCCUCCAGGAGCAGGUGAAGCUGGGCAUCGUCAACGUGGACGAGGCUGUGCUGCACUUCAAAGAAUGGCAGCUCAACCAGAAGAGGCGGUCAGAGUCCUUCCGCUUCCAGCAGGAAAAUCUUAAACGGCUAAGAGAUAGCAUCACCCGAAGACAGAGAGAGAAACAAAAAUCAGGAAAGCAGACAGACUUGGAGAUCACGGUCCCAAUUCGGCACUCACAACACAUGCCUGGGAAAAUGGAGUAUGGAGUCUAUGAGAGUGGCCCCAGGAAAAGCGUCUUUCCCCCAAGGACAGAGCUAAGACGAGGAGACUGGAAAACAGACAGUACCUCCAGCACAGCAAGCAGCGCGAGUAACCGGUCCAGCACCCGGAGCCUCCUCAGUGUGAGCAGCGGGAUGGAGGGGGACAACGAGGAUAAUGAAGCUCCCGAGGUUACCAGGAGUCGUAGUCCAGGCCCUCUACAAGUGGACAGCGCGCCCACCGUGCCCCUUGAGAGGCCCCCCAGGGUGCCACCCCGAGCCGCCUCACAGAGGCCUCCGACCAGGGAGACCUUCCAUCCUCCUCCACCUGUUCCACCCAGAGGUCGCUGAUUCCACCUCCUAAAGGCUACCUCCUUCUGGACUUUGAGACUUGCAGUUUUCAGCCUGUUAAUGAUGUCUUCAUGUUGAGUUUUAUGGCCUGACUGCUGACCUUAAGACCCACUCUCAUCACUGAUAUUGCUGCGGCCCUGCUGGUUUGGGCUUACCUUGAAGAAGAUAUUAUUAAGGCGCAAAGAAUCAAAAAACUAAGAACUUCAUUCCCCAUCAUCUAUUGAUCCAUAUCCUCGUUUGCCAAGAGGAUGAUGACUUAAUUGGAACUGGACUAAUUUUCAUGUCAGGAGCCUGAAAAGAUUGAUCAGAAAUGUACAAGUGAUUUUACAGAAAUGCACUUAUAUUAGGUCUUACUUAUUUGCUAGUCCAAUCUAACUUCUGUGGUUAUGAUUUAAAACUUACAGUAUUCAAGCAAGAAGGUAUAUCCUAAUUUUUAAAUGAUUCUCCAGCUUUUCUGUAGCUUCAGGAGUGUGUUUAAAUGCCAGGGCUGGUCACAUACAGCAAACUCAAAAGGACUUUAGAGAGGGAUUAGUCCUAACUCCUUUUAGAUAAGAAGGAAAAUCUAAUUUCACUGAAGCCUGGAGCCAAGAGUACUCAGUUGGUUAGAGGAAGAGGUGGGUCUAGAAUCUGGACCUGCUGAUUCCAGGUCAUCACACUUCCCAUAUCCAAAUGGCCAAGCUCUCUCCCUCAAAAGAUGCCCAGAUGUAGAAAUGUGUUCAGUGACUAUUGACCUUCUAGAAGUUUCCUUUUUCCAUAUCUCCCAGGUAUGGAACUAUCAAGUAUUUGGGGCAUUUAUAAUUCAGUAUGCUUGCCAAGGAACAUCUAAAAAUGGUUGGGAACCAGAAGCUUGGCAUGCCAGGGACCCCACUUAUUGCUCUGCAUACUUUAUAGAUCUUAGUUUUGGCCAUAAGAGACAGGGGGGGAUCCUUGAAUUUCACUCUGCUGAGGGGUCAGAAGAAGGAGAAGGAAGAACUUAAAAUAGAAAUAGUCCUCUGUUUUACUAUACACUUGUUAAUAACACCAGGUUUGGGAAAUCUGUGCAGAGAAUGUAGAGCCUUAGGUAUAUCAUUAAUUUUGAGUUCCUAGCACAUAAAUCUACCUUGAAAACACAGGUCUUUAAUUUGAUGUUUAAAUAUACAGUAAAAUUAGUGUCAGACCCAUUUCUUUAAAAAUUAUCAGAACUCUGAUAGUUCUCCAUGAAAUUAUUCUCCAUCCCACACAAAUAUAUAAAAACUAUACUAUUAAAGAUCCAUUUAAGUACA